AUGGCCCGUGGACCACUACGGCAGCCCUUGCAGCAUCGCUUCUUCGCUCUCCGGCACGGCGAGUCCAAAGCGAACGUUGCCAAGAUCAUCAUCUCAGAUCCCAAGGUGGGCACGAAGAAGUAUGGCUUGACGACCGCAGGCCGCGCGGCCGUCAAACGCACAGGCACGCAGUUCGCCAAAACAGCUUCUCAGCACGUGGUGAUAGUGUCCAGUGACUUCACGCGCGCCCGCGAGACGGCGCAGGUCUUUGCGCAGACGCUGCGAAAGGCCAGGGCUCUGGGAGAGUAG